UAAAUGCUACGCAAAAUGCUAAGCUAGCUUACAAUACUCUUACACAAAUGCCUGAUUUGCUAUGGUUCAAAAGCAUAUUUUGAAAAUCUGAGAUGACAGUGUUGUUAAGAAAAGGCUAAGCUUGAGAGCAGGCAUAUAAUUUUCAUUUCAUUUGCGAUUUUCAGAAAUCGUUAACGUUGCGUUAUGCUAAUGAGCCUGAGGCUGUAUUCACGAUCACGGAUACGGGAUGGGUAGUAUCAAGAGGUUAUAGGCAUCCUAAUUAGUGUCCCGCUGUGGCAGCUCUAGCCUUUAGCUCCAUGCGGAUGUUGCCUGUAAUCCAUGGCUUCUGGUUGGGAUAUGUACGUACGGUCACUGUUGGGACGACGUCGUCGAUGCACUUAUUGGUGAAGCCGAUGACUGAGGUGGUAUACUCAAUUCAAUUCAAUUGGAUGAAUCCCGGAACAUAUUCCAGUCUGUGCUAGCAACACUGUCCUGUAGCGUGGCAUCUGCGUCAUCUGACCACUUCCGUAUUGAGCGAGUCACUGGUACUUCCUGCUCUAGUAUUUGCUUGCAAACAGGAAUCAGGAAUAUAGAAUUAUGGUCAGAUUUGCCAAAUGGAGGGUGGGGGAGAGCUUUGUAUGCAUCUCUGUGUGUGGAGUAAAGGUGGUAUAGAGUUUUUUUUUCUCUGGUUGCACAUGUGACAUGUUGGUAAAAAUAUGGUAAAAUAUUUAAGUGUGCCUGCAUUAAUGUCCCCUGCCACUAGGAGCGCUGCUUCUGGGUGAGCAUUUUUUUGUUUGCUUAUGGCCUUAUAGAGUUGGUUGAGUGCGGUCUUAAUGCCAGCAUCGCUCUGUGGUGGUAAAUAGACGGCUACGAAUAAUAUAGAUGAGAACUCUCUUGGUAGAUAGUGUGGUCUAAAGUUUAUCAUAACGUACUCUACCUCAGGCGAAUAAUAACUUGAGACUUCUAUAAUAUUAGAUAUUGUGCACCAGCUGUUAAAACAAAAAGACACAUACCCCCACCCCUCGUCUUACCAGACAUGGCUUCUCUGUUCUGCCGGUGCAUGGAAAAUCUCUCCAGUUCUAUAUUAUCCAUGUCGUUGUUCAGCCACGACCCGUGGAAACAUAAGAUAUUACAGUUCUUAAUGUGCUGUUGGUAGUAUAAUCGUAAUCGUUAUUUUCCUAUGAUUGCAUGUUCGCAAAUCACAUUCUACGAGGACAGGAACUUCCAGGGUCGUUCCUAUGAGUGCAGCAGCGACUGCCCUGACAUGUCCUCCUACCUGAGCCGCUGCCAGUCCUGCAGGGUUGAGAGCGGCUGCUUCAUGGUCUACGACCGCCCCAACUACAUGGGACGCCAGUGGUUCAUGAAGAGGGGAGAGUACUCGGACUACCAGCGCAUGAUGGGAAUGAACGAUAUCAGAUCCUGUCGCAUGAUCCCCAUGCACAGAGGAUCUUACAGGAUGAGGAUCUACGAGAAGGAGAACUUCGGAGGUCAGAUGCACGAGAUGAUGGACGACUGUGACGACAUCAUGGGUCGUUACCACAUGAACAACUGCAUGUCCUGCAACGUGAUGGACGGCCACUGGCUCAUGUACGAGCAGCCCCAGUACAGAGGCAGGAUGAUGUACAUGAGGCCUGGAGAGUACAGAAACUUCAAUCAGAUGAGCAUGGGCUCUAUGGGCAUGAGGUUCAUGAGCAUGAGGCGUAUCAAUGAGUCCUGUUACUAG